AUGGCCAAGGAGAAGGGCAUGCGCGUGAGAGAUGCCCUACUAGACAUGGUCAAAGACAAGAAGUGCGGGUUCACGCGUAUGGAUGUGGACCCCCAGCCGAUUCCCUCGGACGGAAAUGCCAAAUGGCGGAGCAAUAGAGAUGGUGGGUUCGGUCACUUGGGCCCAUGCGAAGUUUACAUCGACGACAACAUGGUGGCCCGAGGUGACAAUUGCGAAACAGACUUCCCCGGUGGCGACGACAAAUCAAGUAGCAGCUCAAAGACGCAAACUAAGCCAUCGGCUGGAUCAGCUGGCGGGGAGGAACUACCUACUGAGGGCUCUAAGAACGAAGAGAAUCCCCCGCCGGCUAAUACCCAACCAAAACAAGAAUCCUCGAAUAGUGAGACGACCCCAGAAGCCGCGCCUGAAGCGCAGAGUAUCAAGUGCAAGGCUCCGGCCCGUCGUCUUCGGGAAAAGAUUUCAACUGUCUAG